GAUUGCUGUUGGUAGUAACAGGUGUAUAGCGUAGCAAAAACUAUUCAUCGGCUUGUAAACCCGACCGCGAAACAUAAUUGCGACUCGUGUAACAUAUAUAUGUUUCUUGGGUAUAUUUUAUCCAAUUUGCACUAUUUUUCUGGCUAAUAUCGUUGCCUUAUUCCAAAUAUUAGUUUAAGCUGAAUUUCAUCAAACAAACUGUUCAUUCGGAUUUAUUUGACGGACAUUUUUACUAGUAGGGGAAAGAAAGAAGACAAUUUAGCGAAGCUUGUUCGUGGGACGGGUACCACUCUUGACCUCACCUUCAACGGGGAACCGCUGCCAGCGAUCGACUCCAAUAUCAACACUCAACGCGUGGAAGUAUACUCCAUUUGGGACGUCCGAUUACAAAUUACUAUGGCAACGAACCCAAACUUUGGAUUCUUGGAGAAUUGAAUGAAGGACGUAUCGUGACUUUGGAGUGUGUUAGUUUUGUAUUUAUAUUUUGGAUAAAAAUCGUGAGACAAGAUGCCUGCUUCGAGAAAUGUAGGAACUGCGGGGACAAUUGACACUGAAAUUCUUAACAUGGAAUUCCCAAGAUUUACAAAGAUUAGUGAGAUCUGCGAAUGCGGACGGUGUGGGCGCAACAAAGACUACAAUCGAAAACGGCGACCUGCCGGGGCGGACCGCCCUUGUGAACUCAGUCAUUACCAACAGACCUUCACUUCCUAUCCCGAUGCACAAAGGCAGUUGCCCCUUAUACCUCCCCCGACGCCCCGGGACCCCCACCCCCCACGGAUGGUGUUUGACACCACGCAAAGACACGACUUCAUACCGCGGGGAGAGGUGACGAAACCUGAGAAAAUAAAACCGGUUGAAAAUUACCAACCAACCAAAGAACCACUUGACGGCGAAACAGUUUACAAGGUAACAUACCCUGGCCAUACACAGUUCCCACAAAUCAGCCAAGCACGGCCACCGAGUAAGGGCUAUCGGGAAAGAUCGGCAAAGUUCGACCAACGAACGACGAAUAAGGAAGAGUUCCGAGCGUGGGCGGCCAAGCCUUCGGUUGCUUUCGGCGAACUACCAUCGUUUGCAGGUUCCAUCUUGUACCCCGGCGACAUGACAAAUCUCCAAUCUAUGACCCAACAAGACUUCGUAGAAAGACCUAUUAAUAAAUCUGAAAUGAUCCGAACCGGUGUCGGGAGUAACAUUCAAGUGAGAGAAGGAAAAUUCGACCACAACACCAUCCACAAACUGACCUACAAGGACGUGGGUCCGGGCCACAAAUCAAAGAAUGCCCGACCUAGCAAUCAGUAUCCCUCCGCAGCAAGGAGGGCCAAGUUCGAUGGGGUGACGCAGACGAGGAAAGAUUAUCCCGGGUACCAGAGCCAACCCUUACCGCCGAAACCCUGCACGCCGCCUCCCGCGACCAUCAGACUUAGUAUGGACUCAAAAAUUGAUUUCGUGACGGAGAAUACUCAAGAAUUCCAGGGCCAUGAUGUUCUUGUGAACCCCAAGCCUGCGACAAUGAAGAAAGAUUCAGAUACCUACAACCCACCAUCCAUCAAGUUUGCAACGGAUUCCAGUCAUAAGGUGGAUUAUCGCCCGAUUGAAGACAAGUCCGCGUACCUUCAACCCAACCGUCGGCCUCACACCCAAGGUGGCCCCCGCUCCGCCAAGUUCUACGACCAGACAACGAACAAUCGCUUCUUCCGCAACUGGGGCGCAAAACCCCGCAUACGCUACGGCGACUUCCACGAAGCGAAGAUAUACGUCAAACCCCGAGGGAAAAUGGAAGUGGAGAGCUGGAAUAGUCAGACGUACAAGGAUAUUCCGCUUGAUGAACCGACGCCAAGCUUCAAACCUCACGAUGAGCCUGUACAGAGAAUGGGAAAACAGGACUUUACGACCAUUCAUAAGGCGACUUACAAAGGACAACGUCCGCAGAUGUGCAAGGCGCGGUUGUAUAUUCUUCAACAGGAAAUGAAACGGCGAAAGGCAUUAAAAGAGAGACAAGUGAAAGAAGGAGCAAAUGGAAAUACUGGAUUACAAGCUGUUGGAAGAACUGCUCUAGCCGGUACUGUUUGAGAACGCGCUGGGCGUGACUUCGGUCAGUGACUUUCGUAACAAAAUGGAUUCGCAUGUUGGCGAACGUUUAUAUGCGACUAUAUAGUCGUGCGGUGUUUCGGCGAUCUGUAUAGCACAGUACACGCUGAAUGGACGUGGGAAAGAUAAGCAUGAUCAUUGUUCGAGAAGCGUUUCACGAAGUGUCACAUCACUCAAUCUUCUCGGAUGAAUUUGCUCUCGGCCAAUCAGAUGCAAUGAUUUCGGUAGCUUAUCACAAAAGUCAGAGAAAAUCACCGACGAGAGACUCUGUGCAGCCCUGCAAUUUGCAGUUAUUACCAGGCUUUCUUUAGUUUGGGUAAUCAUGAUUAAAGUCUAAAUGGCUACUUGAGUUGAUGAAUGAAAUAAAUCAUGAUAAAUAAGUAAUAAUAAUACAGCAAUAUGAUAUGGAUCGGUUCUUCCCAGCAAAAAUAUGAUUUUGCAACAAAUUCAAAUGAACUUUUAUGAAUAUAAAUUGUUACUUUCACACACAAUAUUUUAAGGUCUGAUUUUAUAUCAUCAUAUUGAUAUUCGUAAUUGCAAUAAUCAAUCAUUUGACAUUAGUUCUGCAAAUGAUGAAUGUUUAAACAAAUGCCUUUUUUUUUCUAAAAAUUUUCAUACAGGCCUACAACUAAAUAUUGUUUUAUGAUUUGAUAAAUGAAAGCAAAUUGCCAAAGGGAUACAUUAGUGUAUAUUUUCGAUGCACCACGUACAGUCUCUGACGAAAUUCGUCCAUUGUCGGAUAAUUUUCGGAUCAUCGGUUUUCCGGUUUAGAUAUCCGUCCAGUGUAGUAUACUCGUGUUCAUACAGAUUAUAUUUUUAGAUUUUAUAUUCUGUGGUGAAAAUUGUGUGUUGUUGGCAAUGCAUGCAAAUCUGUGUUUUAGUUCUUUUUGCCAUGAUGGCACUUUUUGGAGCAAGAUAAACCUGAUGAUCGUAUCAAUAUUUUCUUAUUUGGUAUCUCAAUAUCUAGUAUGUCUCCAUUCGAAUGGUUCAAGGUUUCACAAGAAUACUUUAUUAUCAUACUACGACUGCUUUCUUGUAGGUCUAAUUUUCAUGCUAUUGUCUUACUAGAUUCACCACUGUGAUCAUCAUAUCAUGUACGAUCGUGAUGUUUCCCGAGAAAAAAUCAUAUCAUUAGGAAAGUUCAUUACUUUUCCAUAAUAGUUUGUUUAAUUUACAUGAAAUCGAGGGUGAAUGCGAAUUCGACAUACAAGACCAUGUUCGAAGAAAAUGCCAAAAUUUUGAAAUCCGAAGCAUAUUUUCUUGUUUCAUUAUAAAGCGAUAAUCUUUUAAGCUAAAUCAUCGUUCAUAUUUCUUUUAUUUAUACACAGAGAUACUUGUAGAUAGCAUAUGGGGUUUGCAGGGUAUAUAACUUUAUAAAAAAACUGUGGAAAAUCACUUUCCUUUUUUGAUCAUUCAUCUACAUGUAUUUAUCAACAUUGUUUCCUAUUUUCCAACUCUUUGCUCAUUUCCUACGCAGAUAAAGUUCAUCGAUCCCAAUGCAUGGACCGCGGAACCUGGGGGCUCGGAAAGGGGAGCCUCCCGUCCCUCAUCCUUUUUUUUUCUCAAUAAACGUGUAGAAAAAAACUUUAAAAUGAACAUCUGGUUUAGUUUUUGUAUGAUAAGCCAAAAUUUCCCAAACCGUUCACUCUUAAAACAGAUCAGUCAAAUUGACUAGACCAGUAGUCAGCUGGGAGCAACUGAUAUGGCAAUCACUGAUAGUCACAUAUCUGACAUAUAUUCUAGUCAGAAAUAACUCUAUUUUAGUAAAAUAGUCAAAUAUGACUAGAAUAACAGUUGCUCCCAGCUGACCCUAUUAACCAGUCAUUUUUUACUGAUUUGUUUUUAGAGUGUUCCGCGGCCCCUGGAUCGUACAUUUUUUUAAAUUCAUACUCUAGAUGGCAUUUUUUUAUAUUCUAAUAAUGGGCUGUUAUCGAACAUAAAACAUCGCAUAACGACUGUGCUGUUAUAGGUGAGAAAUGGAAUAGGGGAAUAAUAAGAUACUGUUAUAAUUGGGUAAUGUCUAUUCUUUUCACCUAAACAAACAGUUUUGAUUUGAAUUUCUUUCCGAAGCAUUGAACCCUUCAUGAAAUAUGAUUUUUCUUAUUUGCAUAUUGUUUAAAUUUUCAUGGAUGUCUGGCCUAUGCUUGUCCAUUUUUUGUUCCUGCUGUUUUGAUUACGCAGCAAAGAAGUCUCCUCUAUUAUUACGCGAGUUGCCUUUAAUCUAUAGAAUGAAAUAUGAUAUAUAAUGUAAAUAUUUGAUCUAGUAUCAUCUCAAUAAUUGAUUUCAUCUCAAAGAGUCGAUAUUUUGAUUGAUUUUAUCUGUUUUUAUGCUUAAUGUGGCCAUUGUUCUGAGUGUGCGUAAAAUGUUAAUAAACUUUAAUGCACUUUA